AUGAGUCCAUGGCCGUCAGAGAUCAGGGACGAGCCAUCUACACUCGACGAAUCCAAUGCAGACUACACACGCGCUGAAACAAUGCUGCAACCUUUUAUAUAUCCGGAUAGUUCAAAUCCAAACAAACUCGAGCAUCUCCAAGAAGAGGCGCGAUGGCUUGGCCAGAAAGAUAAGUUUUAUCGAGUACCGUUGACCAUAUUUUUCCACAAUGGCCGCAACAGUGCAGGUGUCCCUAUGCAGGCAAAUAAACGAUCGGGCCAUGAAUGCACUGGUCUCAAUGACGGUUCUAAAAACUCGGUGGCGACAACAUACCUUGCCGAUGCCUGGAAUUGGGGAGCUGAGAUAUUUUGUGGAUGUGAAGUUCAAUUUGUAGAAAAAGCGGAUGGAGGAGGCUACACUAUACAUUUCGCAUGGCAUGGAAGUGGGAGGUCGGUGUUUGGGGAUCAUUUCAAGGAACAACUCUUCUGGGUCAAAGCAAAGGAAUUCUGUUUCCUCGGGGCUGGCGCUUUAGGAACCACUGAAGUCUUGCUUCGGUCAAAGCAGCACGGCCUCCAUAUGUCACCGCUCGUUGGAAGAAAUCUCUCCGGGAAUGGUGACCUUUUGAUAUUUGGGUACAAUGGAGAUACCAAUAUAAACGGGAUCGCCCGUGGAUCUUCGCAUGCUUCAAAACCCCCUGGAACAACUGUCACUGCUGUUAUUGAUAACCGAGUCAUCGAUCCUCUGAACAAUCCACUGUCUGGAUAUGUUAUUCAAGAUGGUUGCAUCCCUGAGAUGUUCAAUCCAGUAAUCCAACUCAUGCUCACCCUGCAGACCAUGAAGAGCCAGGCACUGUGUUGUCUUUGGAACCCUCGUCAAGAGGCUAGGAAGACCCUUGCCUCCCUGAGGUCUCUCUUAUUCGGUCCAUACGCAUACAAUGGGGCUAUUCAGCGGACUUCAACAUAUCUGGUGAUGUCUCAUGACAGCAACGAGAUAACCUUGACCUUGAAAAAUGAUCAAUUGUGCCUGCGGGGACCGGCAGAAGGAAAAUCUGAACAUUUCAAAUCGAUAAAGAAGAUGUUGAACAAGCUUUUUGCUCGCACAGGAGCAAGUAUGGGGUUUUCAUAUCCUUAUGGUCGCCACCAGGAGGAAGCCACAGUCCAUCUCUUUGGAGGAGCCAACAUGAGCAACGAUGGAACAUGGCACGGGGGUGUAACAAAUCACCUAGGAGAGGUCUUCAGCGGCUCUGGUGGUGAAAUAUACAAAGGUCUCGUGUGCUGUGAUGCAUCUGUCAUCCCGACAGCCCUAGGGGUGAACCCGCUUGCUACAAUAUCUGCUCUCUCCGAGCGAUCCGUCAAUUUAAUCACUGAGAGGUCUGAAUUGUCAAUUGAUCUUGAGACUGUGAAUCAGCCUUUGAACGCCUACAGCAAGCCCAGUAUAACAUGGGAUCGCCAAUACCAACAGAACAGUACCAAGAAAUCAUCCCAGUCCAUAGGAUGGCAAUUUACAGAGACUAUGCAUGGGCACAUCAGCAUGGGGUCGGACAUCCGAAGUUUUGCACUUUCUGAGAGGGUAGGAAAAGGCUCAUCUUGCGUGAUACGGAUGUUUCUUACAAUAGAACUCUGUCGACGAGGUGAGAAACUGAGAGAGCCCUUUAGCAGAAGAAUGUUCACAUCCCCAGAUUCACAAUACCAAGGAGCAUGCACCGGGACAAUUUCUUGUUACGCAUUAUCCAAAGCCACGCUCAAGAUUGUCGAUGGAACGGUGGACUUUUUCACACCAAUAGGAGAGAAUGCCGAAUCAUUAGCCAUUUCAUACCACCUAAAGCUCCUCUCGGUAGAGGGCAUAGAGUACCGCCUGGAAGGCCACAAGCUUAUCAACUCGAACAUAUCAUUCUCCGUCAGAAAGACUUGGAAAGCGACUACUACAGUGAACGUCGAUAUCACUCGACUGGACGGGACAAAUGUUGGAGCAGGGGCCCUUCAUAUCUCAUUGCUAGACUUCAAGAAGCAGAUGAGAACAUUUCGGACGACAAAGGUCUUUCAGAUCAGCCUUAUCUUGACUUUGAUGUGGUUUUUGGUCUCUUUCAUGUGCCAUAUCAGUCUCUUCUUUUUUCGCCCGUUCGUCAAUACGCGCUUCCCUCAAAUAUCAACCAAAGCCACAGAUUCAAAACAACCUCCUUCCACCUCGUGUGGCAUCACCACAAGCGAUGGCGUACAGGUACACCUUGAUACAUACGACCCACUUCCUGUACAAGAGACCGGCGUGCCAGGGCCCAACUCCGACCUUCCACCUGUCCUGCUUUUACCUGGCGUCACCGGGGUUGGUGCGAUGCACAAUUUGUUUGCACUGCCAUUCUUGCGUUGCAAUGUGGUUGAUUAUUUCACGCAGCGUGGCCACCGAUGCUACGCACUCACUCCUCGCUGGGGUAGUAAUCCCGCCGUUGCCCAAAAAAGCACUGUUUUCGACUGCCGUCUUGACGUUGCUGCUGCAAUAGCAUACAUUCGCGACAAGGAGCGACAGAAACCCUAUGUGAUAGCCCAUUGCCAAGGCUCGGUGGCUCUCUGCAUGGGAUUGCUGGAUGGAACUAUCCAGAGUAGCCAACUUCUCGGUGUCACUGCCAACUCAGUCUUCAUGAACCAGGUCUUUGGGUAUUGGAACUCCCUCAAGGGGAGAACGACUCUGCUGAUCCAGCUUUACGAAUUUUUGGCUGGGAAUUACUUCCCAAUUUCCAGCAGUACUAAGAGUGUUAUUUUCCAACGAUUACUCGACACUCUCCUUCGGUUUUACCCUGUUGGGCACACGCGAGACCUUUGCACGUCUACAGCGUGUCGCCGGACGUCCUUCGCUUUUGGGUUACUAUGGAAUCAUGAGAACCUUGAUAUGGGUCUUCAUGACAACAUUCACCAAUUUUUCGCGGGGACUCAUACAAAACUUAUGAAGCAAGUGGUUCGCAGUGGAACCCAGGGAGUCUGCAUGGAUAAUGAUUUAUGUUCUCUUCUGACCGCUGAGAAUUUGCAACGGCUGCAAGGGCUACCGAUUCUCUUUGUUUCGGGUACGGAGAACCAAGUGUUUAAUCCUGAGUCUACCCUCAAGGACUAUGAGUUGUUGCGACGUCGAUUUGGUGAGAGAAAUUAUCGCAGAUUUCUAGUCGAGGGGUACGGGCAUCUUGAUCCUAUUAUAGGAAAAGAUGCGGCCGAGGAUGUGUAUUGGAGGAUCUUUGCGCAUUUGAGAUGGUGCACCAAAGAGAUGGAGAAUACGAGUUUGAAAGCCAACAACAUACAAGAGGGAUGA